AUGAGCAGCUACGACCGUCUCGCCCUGCUUACAGCCAGCAUCGCUGGGAUUCCAGACGAGGCCGGCGCGGAGGAGGAACUGCUUACCAACAUCUGCAUUAAGAAAACAUCUUUUCCUCAGGAAGAGCCCUUGGGGGUUGGUGGCAACUUCAAUGCCAUCGCUGUGCCUCCCAAUCGUCUCCGCCAGUGCGUGGACUCGCGAAGCCUUAAUUCAGACCCACUGUUCCAUCUAAGACGCAACAAAUACAUCAUCCGUAGCCCCAAGGCUGAUCUUGACAUGCGGUCCAUGGCCACAGAGCUUUCCAUUAUGAAGAAUGACUCGAUACGGAAGCAUGCUCACAUCAUCAAACUCUUGGGUCUGGCAUGGGAAGUCACUAAUUCUCCUAAUGAGCAAAUUACACCCGUCUUUGUGCUUGAAUACGCCGAACUCGGCGAUCUUAAAUCCUUCCUACGCCGCGACCCGGGGACUUUGGCAGAGCAGCUCGCACUCGCCAUAGGGAUUGCAGAAGGUUUGCGUGCUCUGCAUGACGCCGGAGUUGUGCAUGGCGACGUGAAACCAGCGAACAUUCUGCUUUUCCCAGACCGCUACGGAAAGCCAUACGGCAAGCUGUCAGACUUCGGUUCAUCUGUCUUACUGAGCGAAGUCCCUCACGGCUCUUACCAUGCCAUAACGUGUAGAACCAAGCUCUGGCAAAGUCCCUGGGCUUCUCAGCCAUGCACCGCGCAGCAACUUGUGCGGUCAGACAUAUACUCUCUUGGCCUAGUCCUUGCGGUCCUGAUCACGAGGAUCAGACCCGAUAUUCUUGAAUUCUUGCACGACAAAGGAUCAGGCGGCCGUUAUCUUGACGAACUUAAGACCAGUGACGAUCUGGGUACGGUUCUCGCUGACUUCGCCGUGACUGCUGAGAAUAGAAUGCCUGGUGGCGAGACAGAACAUACCAUGCACUUGAAACGAAUGGCACUGGGUUAUGCACUGUCAACGCAGGCGCCCUUUGUAGAGUGCAUACCCGGCGCACUGGACAUUCUCAAGAUGCUGAGGCUUUUGCUGCACCUGGGAAUUGCUGCAAGGCUACACGAGAAGUCUCUGAAUUUGUCCUCGCUGACCAAACUGGAGAAGGACGUCAUUGAGAAUCCAACGAUGGGCCCCGCCUCGGACAUCGACGAAAUUAUUCAGAUGAAGAUGAAGGAUGCAAAGUCUGAGAUGUGGGAGGUCACAAACAAGGCUGUGGUCAAAGCAACCAACAGGCACAGAGAACCGUCCUCAGAUUUCACAAUAGAAAGACCCCUAUCAGAUAAAGAGGAGCUUUUGGUAGAUAAGGGCGAAGCCGAAGGCUCCUCACGGCAAAGUACGGACGAAGCCGUGAUCAACGCUGGCCUUUUCAACAGAACAGGACCAGUGGCACAUCUACGCCAGUCUGACGAGCAAGUCGUACGCACGUACGGCCACGACACAGUGAUUUCACACGUCACGUCAUUUAAGAGACUUCGAAAUCUGCCCUCAAGAGUGUUUUCCGCUGUUUUACAAGAACUUGAGGCCGUUGCAUCAGAUAACAAGUCACAAAACGAGUUUCGCCGGGCAAAAGCAGCGUACGAGUUUGCAGGCUUCUCAGUGGGCAGACACCAAAUCGGGCCACCUACACGUGAUCAAGAGAUACAAAAAGCCAUGAGUUUAUUGUUGCAAGCCGCGCAGAUGGGCCAUUCACUGGCACAGGCUUCUGUCGGUAUGGUGGCAGAGGGUCUCGGACUCUAUCUAGAGGAUUUCAGCCGAGAAACCGAGAUUGCGUGGCUCCAGGAGUUGAUAGUACAUGAGGAAGAAGAGGGCCAGAUCCUGGCAAAGAAUCGCCUUCGAAAGCUCGAUGCCACUAAGUAUGAGGACGCCGUGCGAGCAAGAAGAGCCGCUUACCGCAAUACCUGGUCCAGUUUGAUCCUGUGCCUGCUCGCUGAAAAUGGAGCAGACCUCAUGCAAGUCUUUGGCGAGCUGACCCUUGGAUCGUCUGACCAUUGGAUGUUUUGCCACCACACAAUUGUGAACGGCAAUCACGAGAUGCUGCAACAGGCUUUGCCGUCUCUCGGUCAGAUGUUGGACGAGCCAAUGAUCAAUGGCCGGACGCUGCUGCUGGAGGCGUGCUAUGCUGGCAAUGUGGAAGCGGUGAUGCUCCUUGUCGCCGCUGGUGCAGAUGUGACGGCGUCAUUGGAGGCAGAUGGAACGACUGCUCUUCACCUGUUGUCCAUGUUCCCUGACGAUAAGGUUGAUAAGGUUGCAGUCAAACUGAAAGAUGCUGGUGCCGAUAUUGAGGCGCGACGCUGGCUCCCACAGGGCCGACCUGGAUGCGCCGAUCUGCAGGAUGCCGUUUCUCAUGCGACGCCACUUCUGUCGGCCGUGGUGGCAGGCAACGUCGCCGCAGUCCAGGCCCUUGUUCGUCUUGGGGCCGAUCCAUUCGACCAGAUGAAGACAAUGUCCAAGCAGGACAGGCAGCUUCUCAUUGCCCAUGGUGGUCGCCUCUACAGUCCUGUGCAUUAUGCAGCGCGAUUACAUAUGAUCGAGGUCCUGCAAGCACUGCUACCGGAUGACAGACUGUAUGAGGAGCUCAAUUCCACCAUCCGUUACGAGGAGCCAUCCUUUUGGGUUCUGCCCAUCUGGUGUGCCCUGGAUUACUCGGCUAUAGGGCUCUGGCAGAGGCUCUGCCUACACGGCAAAGAGCAUGUCCAACACUGCAUAGAUACGGUAGAGUUUCUCUAUAGACGAGGGAGCAGGAACUCGAGGACUUGCCAGCACCGCGCUGGAAAUUACAGUCGGUAUAGCUUCGAUGCAAGUUGUCAUCUGGGGCAGCCUUUCCUGAUGAAGCGACUGUGGGCAGUCGCGGACGGCCAGCUUCAGCCUCCUAUUGAAGACCUGGCCAAGAUCGUGCAGAGGGCUAUCGACUUUGAAGACGGUCCGACAGUGCAUCAGCUCGUCCCAUUACUAGAGGCUUCGCUCCGAAAAGUCCCAGAACAUGAGGGUUUCAGGUUUAAAGCCUCGGUUCAGGGCCACAAGCCACCCGAAGUGGUUGAUUACUUCAUCACACUAGAUCAGAAAUUCAACUCCACACCAGGCUCACGGAUGAGUGUGGAACUUGUCCGUGAUCAGAACGAGAGUAGAGUCAUCGGUCCGGACGAAUAUGGACCUGCCGCAGUGCCUCGAUCGCAAGGAGGAAUUCGGGUGUCAUUCUCCAUUCGUCCUGGCAGUGAUGGCCAGGAGAAAUGGAAGUUCGUAUCAGCAAAGUCAGUAGGAGUGCCAAAGGGAGAGAUACUUCCUGAGCCGGAUGCUAGCGAAAAGGCAAGCCUCUUUGAGUCGGAGGUACUGGGCGGCUACUUCGACCAUGCUCGAGAACUAUCCAAAUCAUCAGAAUGUGAUCUCAUCUGCCGUCGGACAGAAAAGGGCAAAGGGGAAUCGACCCUACUGGGACGGCUGAUUCGUGACAGCAAAGUCUACCAGGCCAGCGAAGCCCAGGCGCUUUUUCUCUUAUCUUUAGCGCGACACGAGAGCGAUGAACUCUUUUGGAACGUUCUCGAGGGAGAGGACGGCUCGAAUUUAACGGCGCUCCAUGCAGCAGUCUUCUACUUCGAGCCAUCGCACGUGCAACAGGGGCGAACUGCCAUCCCGAUACUGAACGAGGUUAUUGGUCUCUGGUCCAAAUGUGUCCAUCUGGAGCAGCUGACCUCGGACACAGAUGCUGGUACCUCCGCCCUCCAUUUAGCCGUGGAAAGCGGGAACCUGGAGGCGCUCCAAUAUAUCGCCAGAGAAGCGGAGGGGCCUCUGAAUUGGAAUAUCUUGAACGGUAAAGGCGAGACUCCGUUAGACAUCGCGCUCGUACAAUCCCUCAGUGCAAAGGAGCUUCUCGCUGAGGCGGGCAUUACGCAAGAGCAUCCGAAAUGGCAUGAGAAGGUUGACAAGCACUAUGCCGACUUUGAGCAGAUUCGAAGUCUUCUUAAGGAGAACGGCGCAAAAUACAAAAGCAUCGGCGGCUUUGUGAUCCGAGAAAGCGAAGACAGCUGGACGAUGCGGAUUCUGAACCGACUGGACUUGUCGACAACCCCAGCCGCCAUAUACGAGAGGAUGUAUGGCGAAUCACAGCAUCUGCAUCGAAGCUCAGAUGGGGAGGUAGUGAUGGUCUUUAAAGGCGCGCAAGCUGACGAGAUUAUUAAGCGCCGUGAGCUAAGUUGGGCUAAUAUGGACGUAGGGGACCAUAUGUUCCUGCCUGUAGCAUCGGACUUCGCAUCCAUUGCCGAGUAG